AUGGCGGCCAUCCGGGUCAUCCUCCCUCAUCCCCACCUCCCCAUCCCCUCGUGGAGACCCCAGCUCAAGCCCUCCUCAUCCUAUCCCCGCCGCGCGGUCGCCGCCCCAGCUUCGCUGUCUCCGUCGCCCCUCACGGCUUCCCUGCAACUCGGAGAUGUGAUCGAGGCGCAGCAGUUCGAUCGGCAGGCGCUUAAUGAGAUCUUUGAGGUGGCGCGGGAGAUGGAGGCCGUGGAGCGCAGCUCCCACGGGUUCCGGAGCCGCGUCCUUGAGGGGUACCUCAUGGCCACGCUCUUCUACGAGCCCUCCACCCGCACGCGCCUCUCCUUCGAGGCCGCCAUGCGCCGUCUUGGCGGGGAGGUGCUCACUACCGAGAACGCUCGCGAGUUCUCGUCCGCUGCCAAGGGCGAGACCCUAGAAGUUAUUUUGAGAGUGAAUGAGGAUGGGUAG